AUGGCGUCAGGGAAGGCUUCACGCAAAUCUUCUCCAACAAAUUUGAGUAAUAUUGCGGACUUUAACUGAAAAUGUAAAAAAUGGAUAAAGACAGUGUAAAGGUGUCAACUAAUGGGGAUGGACCUGGUAAAGAAAGCAGUGUUACACCAGCAGAAAAACCAACCCCACAGGGAGACAAAGCCCCACCAUCUUUGUCUGUAGACAUUCCCAACCAUCAAGAUGUCAAGCGACAAGAGUCCUUGCUACUCUCUCCUCAGCCCAUGUCACCAGACCCUGUGCAUGAUCUGCCUGUUGAAUUGUUGCAAAUGGGAUGGAGAAGAUUCUGGAGCAAGAGAGAGGAGAGACCAUAUUUCUUUAACAAAAACACAAAUGAGUCUUUAUGGGAAAUGCCUCAUUUUCCAGGAAUGUCUUCACCUCAAAACAAUUUCCUAACAGACCCUUUGGGUAUUGGUGGAGAUGGCCCUACCCCUCACCAUAUGGAUGCACGCCUUAGUCGCCCAAGCACUGAUAUUCCACCGUCACAAGUUGGAGAAAAAAGACGUGCAAGUAUGGAGGGGAUUGAAAGUCCAACAAAAAGACCUGCAUUUGGCUACAACCCUUUUUGGAAUUUUGACAUCCCUACAAAUGCAGUCAUGUUUGAGAGGGUCCCCUGCUGUUUACCACCUCCCAUGCCAGAAGUGGAGAAGUUUAGAGCCCAGCUAGUAUAUAAACUAAGGCAACAAUACCAGGAGCUCUGCCAUACACGAGAGGGAAUUGAUGCCCCAGUGGAGUCCUUUAAUCGCUGGCUGUUAGAAAGAAAGGUUGUUGAUCGAGGGAAGGACCCCAUGCUGCCCUCUCAGUGUACCCCAGAAGUUUCUCAGUCUAUGUACAGAGAGAUCAUGAAUGACAUACCCGUCAAACUGGUCAAGCCUAAGUAUACAGGGGAUGCACGCAAACAGCUCUUUAAGUAUGCUGAGUCUGCUAAAAGAAUGAUUGAAACAAGGAGCGCAUCCUCUGAUAGCAGGAAGAUUGUGAAAUGGAAUGUAGAGGAGACAUUCACAUGGCUGAGGAAACAAGGGGCUGCUUCAUAUGAAGACUACCUGGAAAGACUAGCCCACUUAAAGAGGCAGUGUCAGCCUCACCUGACAGAGACAGCCAAGUCCUCUGUAGAAGGGAUCUGUUGUAAGAUGUACAAUAUGUCAUGUGAGAGUGUCCGCAAACUCCACGAGUUCCACUGGCAGCUACUGAAGGAGCAUGGAAUCAAGGAACCGGCCAAAUUCCCAGAUCCCAUUAAUCCCAGAAAAGUGUUGUGUUAUCCAAUCCAAAUGUGUGUUCCAUGUCCCAGACUAUCAACUGUAGAACUCAUGCAGGAUAAAGAAACCCACACACUCAAAUGGAAUGGAGAAAUACUCAAACUCAACAGCUCACAUUUUUGUAAACUGGAACAACUGUACAAAUUAAAUUGUCGAGAUGAUCCCAGAUUUGACCAUUUUCUGGGCCGCGUCUGGUGUUUACUACGCAGAUAUCAUACAUUAUUUGGCCUUGGUCCAAAUGAGGGCUUUGGUUUACAGGGUGCUCUAUCAGUCUCAGUAUUUGAGUGUCUUCAUCGAGUUUUUGGUGUGACUUUUGAGUGUUUUGCCUCUCCACUGAAUUGUUACUUCAAGCAGUACUGCUCAGCGUUUGAAGAUACGGAUGGUUACUUUGGAUCCCGAGGACCUAUUCUGAACUUCAGACCCAUUAGUGGGUCAUUUGAGGCCAAUCCACCAUUCAGUGAAGAACUCAUGGAAACCAUGGUUGACCAUUUCGAGAAUUUGCUGAAGGAGUCUAAAGAACCCCUGUCAUUUUGUGUGUUUAUCCCAGAGUGGAGGGACCCACCAACUGAGGCUCUCAUAAGACUGGAAUCCAGCAGAUUUAAAAGGAAGUCUGUUGUGUUGCCACCCUAUGAACAUGAGUACCGGAGUGGUUUUCAACAUUUUUGUCCAAAAGAUGAAAUGAAUGUGAAAUCUCUCCAUGGAACACUUGUGGUUUUUCUACAAAAUGAUGCUGGAUUUCAACGCUGGAAUCCGACACCAGAGAAAAUUAAAGAACUAUUACUGGCUGCAAAACCAAAAGAUACUGUAGUUUGAUGUGUUCACAAAAACUUGGUAGUGUGCAAGGAGUAGGAAUUCCUACAGGAUCAGAUUAACAAGCAGUACUCUGUGAACACUGAAAAAUUGUUCCUACCAUUACCAUGUAGGUUCUGAAACUGUUGUGUUUUUUUUCCUGUUAAGAAUAUUCUUGGUAACUUUCCAGCAACUUUUCUGACUUGGAUGACUUGGUGCGUUUGGCAUAAGUCUGAAGGAUCCGUGUGAGACAAAGGCAGCAGUAUUCAUGUGGAGAUUUUUGAUGGGGAGGGGGGCACCUGCUGUUGAAUGUUGUGUCCUCUCCUCAUUACCCACACUCCUCCUGAUUAGCCACACCAUAGAAAUGAACAAAGACUGCAUAUAAUUAUAAUCAUAUUUAUGUUUUCAUUGCUUAAUAUGUCAUGAUUAAACAAAGUUUGAAAAUGCAAUUGAAUAGAAAUCACCCUUUUCCCACAAUAAUAAAUUCUUGCCAUGAUUUUUACUGAAGAAUCCAUUGGAAGCUGAUAUUCCCAAGUAACCUUUUAAUGUACAUAUUGUAAAAAUUAUAACGUUAUCUAAAUAUGCUUAUUGGGUCUGUUUGUAAAGAUAAUUUUUCAAAAAUUAAGGCAAGAAAGAUAUUGUCUUGGCCAUAGCUGUAAUACAAAAAUUUUAGAAUUUAAAUUGGCAUAAUUUAAUCAUUGAAACUUACCAUAGUUACAGAUACACAUAUUUGGAAUUGCAUGUAUAUAUAUGCUAUACAUUGUAGAUUAGCUUUGCACCAGUUGAGCAUGCCAUUACUGAUGUAAGUCCCAUUAGGAUUGCUGUUCUUUGUAACAUACUGGUACAUGUGUAUAUGUAAUUUAAUUCACAUGUACAUAUAGUUGUUUCUGUAGUGAUGUACAUAUAUUACAUUUGCAUGUUAUUGUCUGAAAUCCAUGUUUAAGAUGGAGGAUUUAUUGAAAUGAUCUCUGUUAAUAUUUAUUGAUAUUUCUGGGUUUUAAGUUUGUGCCUAUGUUGUUGUUGUUUAUCAUUGAUGUAUAUUUCUGUCAAUCAUAAUUUACUGUCAUUAUCUGUAGACCUUCCUUCAUGUAUAGGUAUUAUUUUUAAUACAUGCACUGACACUUAAGUUUAGUUUUAUAUUCUUUUUACCUUUUUAAAAAUUUCUCAUAUUUUAAAAGUACAAUUACAUGUUUUUAGAAAAUAUGAAAUAUUAGAAAUAUUUGUUCUUUGAUUUUUUAUAUAUAUAUAUAUAUAAAUAUAUUUAGUUUUAUAAUAAUUGAUGUGCCCUAAAAUUUUAAACUUACUUGUAAGUUAAGAAUUCUGUACAGUUUGUCUAUUAAGAUCAACUGUUCUUAAUAAGCUUUCAAUUGGUGUAUUAGAAUUCUAAGUGCUUUUCUAUCAUUUGCACCGCAUGGGACUUUGGCAAUCUGUUACUGUUGUUUUUCAAAGUUUAUCCUUAGUUGAAAUAAGUAGCAAUGUAUAUUAGGUCAGCUUUUACAAUGUCUACAGUACCCAUACAAGUACUUAUCUGUAAAAUAAGUACAAUAUUUCUGCAAAUUUCAUUGUACUUAAUACAUGUAAUAAACUAGUAUAUGUUGAAA